AUGGUUUAUAUUAACAAUAUUAAAUACGCGUGCUCUAGUUGUAUUAGGGGGCAUCGUUCUUCAUUAUGUGAUCAUAAAGAUAGGCAACUUUUUGAGAUUAAACGUAAAGGUAGACCGGUAUCACAAUGCCUAUCUACAUUGUCGACACGUAUAAAAAGACCUUUUCGUACAAAAUGUUUCUGUAAGGAGUAUGUAGAGAAAGCAAAUGAGUCGCCUGAUUUUCAGAAACUGAUUUUUAAGGCUUUUAAAAAAAACCAAAAAACAGUAUUGGAAACAAUUGAAAAUAAAGAAAUGCAUGAAGCAGUUCAAAAUAACGGAGCAUUUAUAAAAGAUUUUCAGACAAAUGUAUCUGAAUUAAAUUUUAAUGGAUUAAGUGAACCUAAACAAUUACAUUUUCCCAGUAAUUUUCAGAUGUUAAACAAUGCAGAUAGUUUGAAGUAUGGGAUUGGAGCAGUUACGAAUAAAACAUGUAAUUCUGAUUCAAAAGUUUGUACUCAGAGUUCCGAUUUUAGUCCAGAUCUUAGUUCUGAACCUAGUUCUGAUUUUUCUUCAGAAAUGCUCUCUUAUUACAAUUCUCAAUAUUCUAAUAAUUAUAUAUAUCCUCAGGUUAUAGGACAAAACAGUCCUAAUGGUUUUUCUACUCCAAGCAAUAUUGAUUUUUAUCAAACUUAUAAUAAAUCAGCAUAUGCAGAUCUUGAUACAAUAUCUAAUUAUUCAUACAUACCUUCAGAAAUAAAGGAAAAUUUUCAUUCAUCAUCUAUGCCUGUGUUCUUUGAUUAUAUUCAGCAUUCUAAAACACAGAAUAAUAAUAUUAAUAUUCCUGAAUCAUUUAUGAAAUUUCAAACGAUCAUAAGUGAUUCUCAGAAUCUUGAAAUACCAGAAACGUAUUACGAAUUUGAUUGUUCUAGGCCAGGAUCUAAGUGUACGUGUACUUCUGCAUGUCAAUGUACAAAUUGCUAUACUCACGGUAAUAAUAUUGUUCACAAUACUUUGCAAAACGUACUUCCGGAGAAACAGUUACUUGAUGGGUACAUUAUUCCUCAGAGGAAAUGCUGUUAUAUGGUAUCCGGAAUAAAUACACAUAUUACUGAACCUUAA